AUAUUUUUUCGAGGUGCACGGUGUCCCGGGAGCCCAUGAGACCCCUUAGUGGAUCCACCUCUGAUCGUAGUCAGACUUCAGUUUCUGAGUCAGAGGUUAAUCUCAAGUUCUAUGAGAUCAAGAGCGGAAAAAUCUCCGUCAUACUAACAAACUUUGCUGCUAGUAUCGUCUCAGUUAAACUUCCUAAUAAAAAUGGAACUACCACAGAUGUUAUUCUCGGGUACGACACAGUUGAUGAGUACGAGAUUAAUGACAAAAACUUCGGAGCCGUGAUCGGAAGGAUUGCCAACAGGAUUCGUGAUGCUCAGUUCAGUUUAAAUGGAAUCAAAUACAACCUUGAUCGUAACAGCGGCAACAACUCCAUUAACGGGGGCAGCAAGGGAUUUGGAAGAGUUCCUUGGGAGGUGGCAGAGCACAAGCCGGAUAGUAAAAACCCGUGCAUUACCUUCACGCUCUAUAGCCCUGAUGGCGAUCAAGGUUAUCCUGGGAAUGUUACAGCGAAUGUUACAUAUACCAUAUACGACAAUUACACCUUACGUAUAGAGAUGAAGGCAAUCACUGAGAACAAGCCAACUCCAAUUAGCAUGUCUACACACGCAUACUGGAACCUUCAAGGCCAUAACAGUGGCAAUAUUUCUUCCCAAAAGCUUCAGCUGUUCGCCUCUAAUAUCGCAGCUAUGGACAGUAAUCUCUUGGCAACCGGUGAAAUUACAUCAAUAAUCCACAACAAAACCUACAA